GGUUCCAACGCUAGGGUUCUUCUCCAAACAGAGAGUGAACCGAAAGGUCUCUGGGAAAAACCCAGAGCCGCCGACCAAAUGCAACGUCCACCAAGUUUCGGACGCUUCUUUGCUCGAGAGCAUGAUGAACGCCGACAGCACGAGCUCUGGCGAAGGUCGGAGCUGUCGGGGGUCAACAGAGCAUGAGUGUGUCAUGUUCUUGAGCUUUAGAGGUUUGGAUACUCGCAAGGGUAUCGCCGAUCACCUCUACAUUGGACUCGUCGACGCGGCACUGACCGUGCCAAUCUCCGUGUUCAGCGAAGCCGAGCACCUGCCGAUGAGCAGCCAGUUCAGCUCGCAGCCUCAAGUGGCGGGGUCCGAGGUUUCGAUCCCCAUCCUCUCUGAGAGCUACGCUGCCAGCAAACGGCGCCUCUGCGAACUUGUUCAGAUGACGAAGAACAGGAAGAGCGCGGGACACGUGGUCAUACCCUUCUUUCACAGAGUCGAGUUCGACAGGGCCUUCUGUUCACACGAGAUGUGCUUUGAGCAAAGGGAGGUGGAGGCAGGGCAGCAGGGGCUUAGAGAUCUCAGCAUCUUGAAAGGAUGGGAAUCGGAGAAAAUCGCUAACGGGCACCAAGGAGAAUUUGUAAGAAUAGUUGUUAAAACGGUUCUGACUGAGAUUCGACAAGGUUUUCAAGUAGAUGUUCCUGAGCUUUUGGUUGGAAUUGAUGAUCAUAUGAAGAAGAUUAUGGGAUUGCUGGAUACUACUGGUACCCGAGCAAUUGGAAUAUACGGCAUGGGUGGCAUUGGCAAAAUCAUAUUCACCUUCGGAGGAUUCGCGCAUCGCAGCUUCCUUCCAGAUAUUCAUUAAACGAUCGAUCAUUCUUCUCGAUGAUGUGGAUCAUAAGCAUCAUCUACAUGCUAUGACCAGAGAACGAAAUUGGUUUAUGCUGGGAAGUAAGAUCAUCGUCACGUCUGGAUACGAAGCUAUGCUUAAUUAAGGUGAAAUUUGGAUUACACUACAAGUAUGAACUCGAGGAAGGUGCCUUUUAAGAUAAAUCUAGAAAGACUUCCUUUAGCCCUUGAGGUCAUAGGUUCAUAUUUGUUUGUAUAAUCCAACAAGAAAAGAUGGGAAGUGCCUAAAAAUUUAAAAAAAGAGUCUCAAAGAGAUGUCCAAAAGAUAUUGAGGAUAAGUUAUGACGCACUGCUUGAUUUUUCAUUGGCAUGGAUAGAAAAUUUGCUGGGGACUGUGGUGCAUAUUCAAUUUGGUUGAAGAACUAAAGCUUAGAUAUCAUAUGAGUGGUGAUUAGAGGAUAUAAUCAAUUAAGAGAUCUUGGUGAGUAUGUUGUAUGCAUAUGGCAGUGCUGAAAAUAUACCGUCAAGGCGGUGAAUAAGGGAUAUAGUCAAUUAAGAGAUCUUGUUAUGUAGUGUGCUUGGAGAACUGGUCUACGGAUCUUUGAGGAAGCUUUGAAAGUAUUAGAACCAGAUAAGGUAACCUACUAUCUAUUUUUCCCUGCACUCUUAGCUUUUGUUCUCGUUUACUUCAGCAUGUAACAUCUGUUGUCAUUUGUUACUUCUUACCUAUUAAAUCCCGUAAUGGCAAGAAUGCUGCUUUUUCUAGGGAUAUUUCUCUUCCCCUCUCUUCUAAAUACCCUUACGAAAAAUUUCUUGUGGUAAAUCUAAAGAAUCUGGAAAUGAAAAAGGGAUGUUGCAGCUUUAAAACAUGUAUAUUCCAAGCACGUAAAUUUCAAUGCUUCACCGCACGGUCAUAACAUGAACAACUAAAAUAAAGCCACAUCUUUACCAAACAGACCCUUUAUCAUCGCCAUAUUAUGAGAAAGUAGAUAAUUAGUUUCUUUUAAUUGGUUUUGUACUAUAUAUUAUUGGGUUGCUUUUAACAGCUUAAUCUUCAAAGGGAAAAAAAUUGUCUAAAAUGACAUCAGAAGGGGUCACAAGUUCUAAUCUUGGCACUCCUUGUGUUCGUCAUGACAUCUAUUGCUGUUUUCAUUGUGCUUGUUUUGCGGUCUGAAGUUGUCUAGGCGAUGUGGUUAUGUUCAAAUGUAAUUCCAUGUGUAAAGGUUCAUAUGUGAGGAAAUGUGUCGAAGUAACAUGUUAUACAUAUUGUGUUGGCCUGAACCUUUUUCUCUUAGCAUAUGAUGCAAUACUACGAUAACUGGUGCUUUGCUUGUAGGGUUCCAAAAAAGGUUUGUGCCAUUUGUUUUGAAAGAGACGGCACAGAUGAAAUAGUUGACCAAGGGUGUCAAAAAUGCAAAAUUGAUCGAAAGCCCUGGUUAAAGGGCUAAGCGAAAGCAAGCGCUAUAGAAAGAAUAGUUUUGAAGCUACCUUUAUAAUGGGAUUCCAACUCAGCAACUUUAUGGGAAUUGAAAUGAACUUGCUUUUCGUUAGCUCUUUCUUUUCUAGCAGAUCGAUCGGGGCCAUGACGAAAGGUGAAGGUGAAUGUGAAUGUCAGUAGCGAGUUUUCAAUGUCUCCAAUUUUUUGCAGAAUUAAAGGUUCUUUAUAGCAAGAGGUGUGCAUUUUAUUGGAGAUUGUAAGAAAUUACUAUUGGAAUUAAGAUGGCUUUUUUGGUAGAGUUGCCCUACAUCUCUUGUCACAAACAUUUUUCAUCUAAGAAAUUUAGUCGUCCUUAAUUUGUCA